AUGAAAAAUUUCUUGAAAGGGAAACAAAAGUGGGGAUAUAUUUCGGAUGCUUAUAUUAAGCCUCAAGAUGAUGUGGCAUUAUUGGAUAAAUGGGAAGUUGAUAAUUCAAAAAUUAUUACUUGGAUCAAUAAUUCUGUUAAGCAUUCGAUAGGCACCCAAUUAGCAAAAUAUGAGGCUAAGGAGUUGGAGUUUGACAUUCGUGCUCUUCAGCAGAAAAGUAUGAGUAUUCAGGAAUUCUACGAUGCUAUGACAGAUUUGUGGGAUCAGUUGGCUCUCACAGAACCUGCUGAAUUACGAGCCUUUGGGCCUUAUAUUGUACGAAGAGAGGAGCAGAGAUUGGUACAGUUUUUAAUGGCCCUUCGUGAUGAGUUUGAGGGACUUCGUGGGUCUAUUCUGCAUCGUCAUCCACUGCCUUCUAUGGAUUCUGUUGUUAGUGAACUUUUGGCUGAAGAAAUUCGUUUGAAGUCCUCAGUUGUAAAAGAGGUUUCUUCAACUUCUACUCCAUCUGUUUUUGCCAUGCUUCCUCGAUCAAACUCUAAAUCUCAGUUCAGGCCAUAUGGAUCUGUUGCUCGUGAUGAAUGCGGGUUUUGCAAGCAAAAAGGUCAUUGGAAAUCUCAGUGUCUGAAAUUGGGCAGAGGAAAACAACAACAGUUUCAUCAACAGCAGCAGCAACAGUCUCAUUAG